AUGUUGGCUAUGUGUUACCAACGUUUUCUACGAAUAAAAAUGACAUGCUGUUCUCUUCGUGCAGAUAAGCCGAGGGUGUACCAGGGCGUCCGAGUAAAGACCACGGUGAAAGAGCUGCUGCAGAGGCACAGAGCCCGAGAGGCCACCAGCAAGAAAGUGAAAACGAUGGGUCUGUCCCAGGCUUGCUUGGAUCUUCAGGAUCUUUGCGCGUCCACACUUCCAAGUCGCUAUGUGGACCCUCCUCCCUCCAUUCCACCAGCUGACGCCAGCAACUGUAGCGCGCGAGCCCUCCAUCUGCGCGCCACCUUGUUCCCGGUCCCUGACAGCUCGUGCAACUUCCAGAUGCAGGAGAGCACCUUCAACGACGUCCCGCAGCAGUUUGAGGACUUGAUGUUGCCGAGCAACGGCUACAGUUGCAAUCACAACAACAACAACAACAACGGCGGCGGCGGCUACGACGCCUCCCCGCCUCCACCUCCCACCUUCCCGCCGCCCUGGUGCUAUGGACGCUCCUCUGAUGCGGACUUCUAUGGCCAUGGGAUGCCUCCCUGCUCGUCACCGGAGUCACUGAAGCUCUGCAACCCCAUUGAUCACAACAGCUACUCGCCUCAGGACUCUUUCUCCUCCUCUUCUUCCUCCUGCUACGACUCACCCACAAGGAUGGAGUCCAGCUACCACGGCUUCGCCUCAGAGCACUACCACUACCAGCACUGCAACCUCCAGGACUGUUACUGCCUGUCCCACUGUUGGCCAGGCCAGCAGGAGAGCUUCUCUGGCCCUGAAUACGCACCUUACUACAACCCCACAGACUAUCCAUAUGCCGGCUCUGUGGAAGAGAACUACUUUAAGAGGGAUGUGCAGAUGAGCUCUGAAAUGUGUUACAAUGUAUUAUGAUGGGACCUUUAGUAGUAUUGUUUUUGACUGUGAAUAUGAUUCUCAGUACUCAGUAAGGCUGUUUAAUUGAUGGUCUGCUUUGCAUUUCAGUGGGCUGAUAUUUUUGUACCAAUACCUAUUUUCAUACAAAUAACUUGUCGCUGUAUAUAAAUAAAAAUGUGUUAAACUUAA